AUAGGUAACUCGAGCUUCAUUCGUUAAAUUCCCUCACAUUCCUACGGUUGUUCUUAACGUUUAAUACUCUCAGUCGCGUUAUUAUGGCAACUAUCAGAUACUUCUUUAUUGUUUUAUCUGUCUGCGUUUUCAGUACGUUCGCAGACGAUUCAUACGAAAAAGAUGCCAUGGCUAUCUAUAAAUUAACUGACGAGACGGCUUUUAUAAUGUUUGUAGAAAAAGAUGGCAUAAAUCCGCAAAAUAAAGAUCCAAAGGUAGAUCCAGGUUUCGUUAAUCAAGAAGCGGUGUUUAUUCUAAAACAAUCUAAAGAUCAUAAAGCCUAUAUGGAUGUUAUCGUUAAGCUUCUAGCAAAGGGGAUAAAAGAAGCUAAGAGGUACGGAAAAAGGUUUACUUUCAAAAUAGCAGAAAUAACAUUUGGAACUAUAUUCGUCCAAAGACAAUGAUAAUUCUUGGGGAAAAAAGAAAACCUUAUUCUAAAAAGUUUGAAAAAAGAUAAUGUAAUCACAAUUGGCGAAUAAUAAUAUAUUUUAAAUUUUAAAUAAACAUAAAAUUAUAAUAGUUUUAUUUAUAACAAUAUAAUGUUCUA